CAUAAUAUUUAGAUUUAUUAGAUUUAGAAAAAUGUGUAAAUAAAAUGCAUCGUGUACCCCUGAACUCACUGUGCGGUGUUUUAUCAUAGCUCCGCCCCCCGCACCACAUUUGAUCACUCCGCCUUAUAUAGUACCCUAUAUAACACGUUAUUAUUCAACAAAGACGACAUUUCAUCACCUUUAUUCACUACCGCCCAUGUUGCCAUGAAGCCAUGUGUUAAUCGAAUUGCAAAAAGAAAACAUUUGUCUUCUGUACAUCUUACUACGCCACGAACAUUUGGCGGGAAAGGCGCAUGAAUAUCUGAGCAAGGGGGGGUGAUAACAACAAUCCAUAGUAUUAAAACCCGCGGGAGCAGCUGUUGGAAACCCUGCAGUAAAUGACAAGCAGGCGCGAGGCUUUAACACAGCCGCUCGAGUGUGCGAGACCAGACGCCGGUGCGACCCACUCCCACUUUGGACUUUACUUUCGCAUGAUAGUUCGCAUACUGACAUUUUAACCGUGUUGUCAGUCUUCAUUCAUUAUUAUCACCAGGGCUACGGCACUCACCAUGCCGCUGUAUUCAAGUAUGGCGAGUAAAAACUACGACUACGACUACGACUCCUACCAGCCCUACUUUUAUUUCGACAACGAGGACGAGGAUUUUUACACCCAACAGCACGGCCAACCUCCGGCUCCCAGUGAGGAUAUAUGGAAGAAAUUCGAAUUGCUUCCCACACCCCCGCUCUCCCCCAGCCGGCGGCCGUCUCUGUCGGACACGUUCCCCUCCACCGCCGACCAGCUGGAGAUGGUUUCGGAGUUUCUCGGGGACGACGUGGUCAACCACAGUUUCAUUUGCGAUGCGGACUACUCCCAAUCGUUCCUCAAGUCUAUUAUCAUUCAGGACUGCAUGUGGAGCGGCUUCUCGGCCGCGGCCAAACUAGAGAAGGUGGUGUCGGAGAGAUUAGCGUCGCUCCAGGCAGCGAGGAAAGACUCUUCCAGGAAUGACUCUACGGGUCCGUCCAAUCCGAACGUCGGCUACCUUCAGGACAUGAGCGCUUCUGCCUCGCAGUGCAUUGACCCUUCAGUAGUAUUUCCCUUUCCGUUGACUGACAGCUCGAAAAACUGCGGUCAAUCCACGCCGGCUUCCACGACACUGCCGUUGGAUACACCUCCAAAUAGUGGGAGCAGCAGCAGUGACAGUGAUUCCGAUGACGAGGAAGAGGAGGAAAUCGACGUCGUGACCGUGGAAAAACGAAAGUCUGCGAGAAAGUCCGAGUCGAACACGACGCAUCAAAGCCCCGUCGUCCUCAAACGGUGUCACGUUAAUGUUCACCAGCAUAAUUACGCCGCCCACCCAUCCACGCGGAACGAGCAGCCCGCGGUCAAAAGGAUUAGAUUCGAGAGCAGCAGCCGGGUGCUUAAGCAAAUUAGCCAUAACCGAAAAUGCACGAGUCCCAGGACUUCGGACUCGGAGGAUAACGAUAAGCGGAGGACUCAUAACGUGCUCGAACGGCAGCGGCGGAACGAGCUCAAGCAGAGCUUCUUCGCGCUGAGAGACGAAAUUCCCGACGUAGCCAACAACGAGAAGGCCGCCAAAGUGGUGAUCCUUAAAAAGGCAACGGAAUGCAUCAUUGGCAUGCAAGAAGACGAACACAAACUCCUCUCGCUAAAGGAGCGAUUGAGGAGAAAAUGUGAACUUUUAAAACAGAGACUCGAACAUCUGAGCAGUUCUUAAGUGAUUUGGACUCGUAUUUAUGGACUGCACUUGUUUUAAGCAGAUGAGAUCUUUGUAUGGUUGUGGCGUUCAAUACAAAGGUCUGGAGGGUGUGGCUCUUAAUGAGAGCACCUGAACGUUGCAGCACUCUGACUUUGAUUUAUACAAUUACACUGCCUCAAUUGAACAUGAUUUUGGAGGUUUAUUUGUAUUUAAUUUCAUUUUUUAGUAAUGCAACGGUCUGCGGUUCCACUAAAUGUUGGCCUUAACUUAAACGGUUUCGUUUUUUGUACGUUUUGUACAUAUUGCACAUAUGUAUUCAAGAUGCUGUUGAUUUCUGAAUUAUAAAAUGCAUUUCUCUAUAAAUUGUGUUUGGCUAA